CCAGCUUGCCGACCGACCCCCCAUCUCUUGCUACGGUACGCCUCCCCGCCGCGACGAAUACUCGCCGUCCCCUGCCGCCGUCGCCGUCGACUUCCUCGGACCCCAACCCCUCUUCUCCUUCGCCUUUGGGUUCGCCGCCUCGCCGCCCCCUUCUCUUCUUACGGUACGCCGCAACGGAUCCUCGCCGCUCCGUGCCCCCGUCGCCGUCGACCUCCCUCCGAUCCCAACCCUUCUUCGCCUUCGACUCUCCCGAUUCGGCCGUUAUGCUCUCCGGCAUCAAGUUCGUACCCCGCGACCAGAUUAUAGCUACAGGAGGAGGCGACGAAGACUCGGGAUCCGAUGGCUCCGCUCGGAAGAAGAGGCAUUCGAAACAUAGUAGGAAAGGGAGAGACAAGGAGGAGAAGAGGAAGAGUAGGCACCGACGGAGAAGGAGGUACAGCUCGGACGAUUCGGACAAGGGGUCAGACAGCGAGGACUCUAUCGAUGAGGAGGAAGAGAAGGAGUUGAGUCGGAGCAAGCGCCGGAGGAAGCACCGGAGGGGGCGACGUGACUUCUCGGACGGUGAUGAAUCCAGCAGCGAAUCUGAUAGAGGAAGAGGUCAUGGCAAGGGGAAGCAAAGAGGUGCUACAAGUGAUGAUGAGGGUGAGGAGGAGGAAAUGGAAGGCGAGGGGUUAAGGGCGAGUGAGGUUGUCAGGAAGGAGAUGGGCCUUGAAUGGAUGCUCAAGUCGGCAAGUAGCAGUCAGGUUGACAGCAGCCGUGCUCAGACGGCUGAUAAAGAGGAGAAUUUUGAGGCUGCACAAGAAGAGGUGAAGAAACCUAACCCAAAAGAAAUGAAUCCUUAUUUAAGGGAUAAUGGUAGUGGAUAUCCUGAUGAAUCCAUCUCUUCAAAGGCGCCCAAUCAACUACUUGCAUCUUCUGUUGUUGGUGAUGGAGGUGCUAGCUGGAGGCUUAAAGCUUUAAAGCGUGCAAAAGAGCAAGCAGCUCGGGAAGGUAGAAAAAUUGAGGAGGUUGUUGAAGAGAGAUGGGGCUCAUUAGGCCACUUAGCUGCAUCAGUGUCUACAUCUAGAGUUGCCCCUUCGUAUGCUCAUUUGCAUGCAAUCAGAGGCAGAAAAGCAGGGCAAGCGGACAAUUCCCAAACACUGUCCAAAGAAGAUUCAAAGGAGGACCAGCAAGGUGAAGAGAGUGGUGGACGCCAAUAUUUGCGAGGUGUUUCCUCUAGGCAUAACGUCAUGAGAAAACCUAAACCUGAUUCCGUACCUUGGAAGAGGAAUAAACAGAACAUAUCUUCUGAGGAUCAGACUCUUAUCUCUUCAGCAAUAGCAGGCAUUAACCAAUUUUCUAAUGAUGGAAGCUUUAUGGAAAAGAUUAAUAAUCAUGGUAGUAAGAAUGUAAAUGUUCCAAGUGUUGAGGCUCAUGAGCUAAAGGAUAGUGAGCAGAAGUUGCACAAAGAGAGUUCAAAGAAAUCAUUUUCAGCGAGUACUCAGAAGCUAAAUGCAAACCAGUUAGCUGCAAAGAUUCUGCAGCUCCGAAUGAAAGGCAAACAUGAAGAAGCUGACCAACUUUCGAGAGAAAUGGAGAACCAGGAUGCUUCUGUUGAAGCACCUAUUCAUGGAAGGGAAAGGAGUUCAAUCAGGCAUACGGUAAAGCCUAGUGCUGCUGAUCGCAGGAAAAGAGAAGAGGAUGCUGACUUGCAUCUUGCAAAUAGAAUUAUGCACAACAAACAGUACAACAUGACAAAAAGUGUAGAGGAUGAAUAUGAUUUUGGCGAUGCUCCCAGUAAGAAAGGCAAAAGGAAGGUACAGGAGGAGAAGAGAGACACUCAUAGACAUAUCUUAACACAGAAGGAGCGUUGUUUGUAUUGCUUCGAGAACCCGUCAAGGCCAAAGCAUCUGGUUGUUGCUAUAGGAAACUUUACUUACUUGAUGCUGCCACAGUUUGAGCCUGUUGUUCCCGGCCACUGUGUCAUUCUUCCAUUGCAGCAUGAAUCUGCAACAAGAACAGUUGAUAAGAAUGUUUGGGAGGAGAUUCGCAACUUCAAGAAGUGCCUCCUGAAGAUGUUUGCGCAGCAGGACAAGGAUGUGGUUUUCAUGGAGACUGUCAUAAACUUGGUCAAACAACGGAGACAUUGCAUGAUUGAAUGCAUCCCUGUCCCCUGUGAAGUCUCAAACAAAGCUCCCAUGUACUUCAAGAAGGCAAUUGAUGAAGCUGAAGAAGAAUGGUCCCAGCAUGAGAUGAAGAAGCUUAUUCCAACAAGUGGUAACCUGCGGCAAGUCAUCCCGGAGAACUUUGCCUACUUCCAUGUAGAGUUUGGGUUGGACCGUGGGUUUGUCCAUGUGAUAGAUGACGAGAGCAAUUUCAGUGCUGGUUUUGGAUUGAAUGUUAUCAGAGGGGUGCUCCGCUUGCCAGGGGAGGACAUGCAUCGUCGUCGAAGGCAUGAAUCCAUGGAUAACCAGAAGCAAGCAGUUGCCAGCUUCAUGAAGGACUGGGAGGCCUUUGAUUGGACAAAGCAACUUGAAUAGAUGUAAAUACAAUUUCGAGAGUACUUGGAAAAUGUACGGAACAACAAUUUUGUAGGAAAUAUUGUACUGAUGUUGUCAUGUAUCUGUAUUUUUAAAAAUUAAGUUAUGUUUUCAGAAGAUGUGGGUGUUAACUUGA